UGGACUCAGCUAAACUCAGUAAAGACGCGUUUGCCUCGCUGGAAAACUCUUCCUUUUCUUUCAUUCCUUCCUUCCUUCUCUCGGUUUCUCUCCCUCUCUCUGCUUCUAUUUUCUUUUUCGGCUGCUUUCCGUUGGAACCUGAGCAGAUAUAUCGGAAUUCGAAUUCCCAAAACCGAAAACUUUUUCGGGGAUUCUCUCCCAAGGGCUUUUGAAGAUUGGAGUGAUCUCUGUGUGUAGCUCGCCCGAGUGACGACGGAAUCGAAAUGUCAUACGCUUAUCUCUUUAAGUACAUCAUCAUCGGUGAUACCGGAGUUGGAAAAUCAUGUCUUCUGCUACAGUUCACGGACAAGCGGUUCCAGCCAGUGCAUGAUCUAACCAUUGGUGUGGAGUUUGGGGCCAGGAUGAUUACCAUUGACAAUAAACCCAUUAAGCUUCAAAUCUGGGACACGGCUGGUCAAGAAUCCUUCAGAUCUAUUACGAGGUCCUAUUAUAGGGGGGCUGCUGGUGCAUUGCUUGUAUAUGAUAUUACCAGGAGGGAGACUUUUAACCACUUGGCUAGCUGGCUGGAAGAUGCAAGGCAACAUGCAAAUGCAAACAUGACUAUAAUGCUUAUUGGUAAUAAGAGCGAUUUGGCUCACAGAAGGGCAGUGAGCACAGAGGAAGGGGAGCAGUUUGCAAAGGAGCAUGGGUUGAUUUUCAUGGAGGCCUCUGCUAAAACUGCUCAGAACGUUGAGGAGGCAUUUAUAAAAACAGCUGCUACCAUUUACAAGAAGAUUCAGGAUGGAGUUUUUGAUGUAUCAAAUGAGUCUUAUGGAAUAAAGGUUGGAUACGGUGGAAUCCCAGGACCAUCAGGAGGCAGAGAUGGCUCUUCUUCUCAAGGCGGAGGCUGUUGCGGUUGAAGUAGCUUGAGAUCUCAUUUGCUGAACCGAAAGCAAUAUAUCUAUUUUUCUUGUGCUUUUUAUUCUUCCCUUUUCCGCUUGUUAUAUGUCCAGAAUACGAGAUAUAUGUAUAAUGAUCCAUCCUGAUGUCUUUUUCUAUUCGAUUGUAAAUUUAACAGUUGUUUCAUUCAUUAGUAGCCGUGUUGAAAAGGAUUACGAAAUUGUGAAAAUGCAAGGAAUGUACUGUCUUCUUUUA